AUACAACAGACGACAAGCAACAGUUCAUUCAAGUCCAAACUCCAAACCAAACAUCACUCAACCUCAACAUGAAUUCAUCAUGUAAACAUAAACACUUGAAUUAAUCCUUCUUAUCUUCAAUUUGUGCUGCAAUUCUUGGCCCAGGACCUACAUCAAUCUUCAUUUCUAGACAAUUGACUGUCUUUUGGUGUUUGGCGUUUACAAUGUUUUUAAUAAUUCCAAGUUUAUAUAAAUUUGUAGUGUAAGCAUAGGCUUACUUGCAAAACACUAUGUAAAGUACCUUUCUGUGUAUAUCAUAGUCUAAUAUUCAUGUUUCCAGAAUAUUGGAGUUUAAUAAAUCAGUCAUGCAUUUUCAAGAACUAACUUGCUCUGAUAAGAAAUUUUAUCUAUCAGAUAAAAUCAAUAAAACUAGCCUAACCCUAAUUUAUCAGGACAUGAAUUACCUUCCAACAAUCAGUAAAUAAUUGACUUAAAUUCUUUAAAUUAAUAAAUACUCGUAUUGUAAACUUUAGCUUGAUCCAUAGGUGUCAUUCAUUUACAAUUUAUUAACCUCAAAACCAAAAUCUUCAUUCCAAUAUCUUUCUGACUUAAAUUAUUUGUCUACCCGCUUUUUGUCAUGUUCAAUUUUUUAAAAUCUUUCAAGUUGGAAGGUAGUAUUCUACCUAACAAUUGGAAGAGAAUUAAAGAUAGAUUUAGGCGUAAAAAGAGGGACGAUAGGCCUGAUGAGGAUUCAGAAUGUCAUUCCGAAGAAGUAAGACCUUCAACAUCUAGAGAAAAAGAUGAGAAAAAUACUGGUGUUGAGGAAACUGAAUUGAAGGGUCUUGUAGACAGUAUUAUAUUGGCUUUCAUAAAUAACAUCAAGAAGUUCUUACAAGAGCAUGAACCUGUUACCAUACCCCAGUUACCCACCACUACAAUUGAAGAUGAUAAUGUUAGUGUGAAAUUGACUUUGAAGAACCUGGAGAUUUAUAAAACCAGCUCGUUCAAAGUUAACAAGAUACAGAAUAGUAUCUUCCACAUGACUGAAGCUUUCAAUAUGACCUUCCCUGAAAUGGAGUAUCAUGCGCAAUACGAACUGAGCGGGACCGUCUUGGGAAGAAAUGUUAAAGGAAAAGGAAAAGUCAGGGUCUACAUGACAAACCUUGUUACUUGGGGAAAGGCUUAUGCUACAUUGAAAAGAGGGAAAGUCCAACUGAAAAAACUCAACAUUGAUUACACAUUGGAAAAAAUAACAGCAAAAGCAACUGGUCUGAAAGUGAGUGGCAAAUCUGAUGCCGAAGUUGAGGAACUUCUCAACAGCCAACUGUUGGCCUACUUCACAAAGAAUGAACGCGUAGUCUGUGAUACUAUUUCAAACUUAGUUGUGGAACAUAUGAAUGAAAUACUAGGAAGCAUGGGAAUCUCAGAGGUUCUGAAUUGGCUACUUCAUUACAGACCUGGUCAUUAAAAUAUAAAUUAGUUGUACAAGAUCCUCAGUUAUAUGUAUUUGGAUUAAUCAAAACGACGAUUAUGUGUUCAUCGAGAAAGAAUUCCAUAUUCAUCGAAUAUUGUGCAAUAUUUGAAUUAAUUAAAUCUUGAAGCAUUUGUUCAUAUUAUGUAUCUUGUUAUAGAAUAGACAAUACAUUUAUUAAAGGAAAACAUUACAAAAGUU